AUGAACUCCAAGUUCGGGCCCUCGGAGGCGAAUCCUCCCAGCUACACCGUCUACGGAUCUCACAACAUCUCGGUUGCGGUGGACACGCCUCACGGACUCAUGGUCCCCAACAUCAAGGAUGUGGGCGGCAAGAACGUGAUCGAGAUCCAGCAGGAGCUGAUGCGCCUGGCUGCAGCGGCGCAGGCAGGUAAGCUGGCUCUCAACGACAUCCAGGGUGGCACCAUUACGCUUUCCAACAUCGGCGUCAUCGGAACCAAGGACCCGAGGCCGAUCCUCUUCGACGGCCAGGCCGUGAUCGGCGCCACGGGUCGCACCAUGGCGCUGCCCCGCUACAACGCCAAGAUGGAGUUGGUGCCCCGACAAGUCAUGAACAUCCGCUGGGUCGGAGACCAUCGUCACUUGGACGGCGCCGCACUUGCGCGAUUCUCCAACUCCUUCAAGCAGUACAUGGAGAAUCCUGGGGAAUGGUGCCUCACGAUGAGAUGA